AUGGCAAAGAAAUCUGUUCUGAUCACAGGUUGUAGUGAGGGUAGUCUCGGCUAUGCCAUGGCCCGGACUUUCAGCGAGCAUGGGUUUCACGUCUUUGCAACUGUUCGCAGCCUCGCUAAGGCCGGUGCCUUGGUCAAUGACGAUGGUAUUGAGGUGCUCAUCCUCGACAUCACUUCUAAAGAUUCCAUCGAUGACUGCGCACGGGUUGUGGAGGAGAAAACCGGUGGUUUGCUAAACGUGUUGGUAAACAACGCCGCCUACAGCCAAUGGUUCCCGCUCCUCGAUGUCGAUCUGGACGAGGCCAGACGAGCGUUCGACACCAAUUUCUGGAGCAUGCUUGCCAUGUCCCAGAUCUUUGCGCCCAUGCUUAUUCGCGCCAAGGGCACUAUCUGCAACCAUGGGUCAAUAGCUGGUUGCUUUCCGAUGCUGUGGGACGGCAUCUAUGGGAGCUCCAAGGCAGCAGUCAGGCACAUGUCUGAAGUCCUUCGAUAUGAAUUAGAGCCCCUGGGUGUCCGUGUCAUCUGCAUCCUCAUUGGCAUCGUGGAUACACCCAUGUGGGACAAGCAAGACCAGCUCAACCUCCCGCCGGACUCCUUGUACAAGCCUGUACAGACUAUGAUUGAUCAUGUAAGAGCCGCGGGCGAGGGAAUCAAGCCGACAGGGCGAAAUACCGCCACGCCAGAGGCUACUGCCAAGGCUAUCAUUCGUCAUAUACUGGCUGGCGAGAGCGGGGUCUUUUGGGAAGGUGGAAUGGCCAGGAGACUGAAAUAUCUUAUUGCCUGGUCACCGGUUGGGGUGGUCUUCAAGUUGAUGAAUAAAGGAAGAGGAUCAAAUUCUUUGCGUAAGGCUCUGGGUACAAGCCUUGCACAAUAG